AUGACUAUGCUGUCCAAGCUCCUGGCCGCCGGCCUCGGGCUGCUGCCUCUGGCCUCGGGCGCGACCAACAAGCCCAACAUCCUCUUCAUCCUGACCGACGACCAGGACUACCACAUGGAGUCGGUAGAGCACAUGCCCUUUCUGAACAAGCACAUUAUCGACCAGGGCACUACCUUCGACAACCACUACUGCACCGUGGCCAUCUGCUGCCCGUCGAGAGCCAACCUCUGGACCGGCAAGGCUGCGCACAACACAAACGUCACCGACGUCAAGCCGCCAUUCGGCGGUUACCCCCAAAUCAUCAAGGAGGGAUGGCACGACAACUUCCUGCCCAUCUGGAUCCAAGAGCUCGGCUACAACACCUACUACACCGGCAAGCUGUGGAACGCGCACACGAUCGACAACUACAAUGACCCAUACGUGCGGGGAUUCAACGGGAGCGACUUCCUCUUGGACCCCUACACGUACCGGUACUGGAACGCACAGAUGACGAGGAACGGGGCCGCCCCCGUUGCUUAUGAUGGACAGUACUCGCCCGACGUCAUUGCCCAAAAGGCCUACGACUUCCUUGAGGAGGCCACCUCGCACCAAGAGCCGUGGUUCCUCACCGUGGCGCCAAUCGCCCCGCAUAGCGAGAUGGUGCCCCAGACGGGCUUCACCGACCAACCCCGCUACCACCCGCGCCACGCGCACCUAUUCAAGGACUACAAGAUCCCCCGCACCGAGAGCUUCAACCCGGACGAGCAGCCCGGCGUGGCGUGGAUGAAGAAGCUCAGGAAGCUCAAUGAGACCGUCAUCGACGCCAACGACGAAUACCAGCGCGCGCGCCUCCGCUCCCUGCAAGCUGUCGACGAGAUGAUCGACGGCCUAUUCCAGAGGCUCGAGGACAAGGGUCUCCUCGACGACACGUACAUCAUCUACUCGACCGACAACGGCUUCCACAUCAGCACGCGACGCAUGCUCCCCGGAAAGGAGUGCAGCUACGAAGAGGACAUCAACAUCCCCUUCUUCGUGCGCGGGCCCGGCGUCCCCCAAGGCCUCGUCUCCGACGCCGUGUCGUCCCACACGGACGUAGCGCCCACCAUCCUCAAGCUGGCCGGCGGGUCCAAGGAUGACUUUGACGGCGUCCCCAUCCCUCUGAGCACCGAGGACCUGGCCAACCUCGAGAAGCGCGAGCACGUACAAGUCGAGUUCUGGGGCUACGCACUACCGGAGUCAGUCUUCAACGCCGACUACCCCUACGGGACCGUGGACAACAAGGCCGCCAACAACACGUACAAGUCCCUGCGCCUCAUCGGGGACGACUACAGCCUCUUCUACUCUGUAUGGUGCAGCGGCGAGCACGAGUUCUACGACCUGCACCGUGACCCCGCUCAGGUUCACAACUACUUUGACCAGGGGCAGAACCUGAGCACCGUCAGCAGGGAAGGUCUCGCCUCCGAGUACCAACUCGCAGGGCGCUCAUUCGAGCUCGUCGUCGACCGCCUCGACGCCCUCCUCAUGGUCCUCAAGUCCUGCAAGGGCGAGCAGUGCUACCGUCCCUGGAAGACGCUCCACCCCAGCGGCAACGUUCAGACGCUCCACGACGCCCUCGCCGCAGACUUUGACGACUUCUACAGCAAGCAGACUAAGAUUCGCUACAACUCGUGCCAGAUGGGCUACUUACCCGCCGAAGAGGGCCCUCAGGAUGUCAACCAAUUCGACGCCAACUUCUACAGCAUCCGUCCCCAGGACAGUGACAGCUGGCAGAGGAGCUACGAGUACAACGUGAAGCACUGGUCGCAUCUGGAGUGA